AUGGACGUAACCAAGACUUUGGAGUCUAGGGGAUCGCCUGCAUCUGAACAGGUACAGCCCAGUUCAACAAUUGCCCCUUUUUAUACCGCGCUAAAUGGCGUCAAUCAGCCAAUGAACCUGUUCUUUCGUGAUGUUCUCUGGUGGACCUUGGGCAUUGCCGGCAUUGCAGUGCUGGUUGUUCGCAUCAUGGAAAUUCUGUGGGCAAAACUCCGACAAGUGUCCGCCAUGACGGUCCCGCGAGAGAAACAGCUCUACUGGAAAACCUCGCAGUUUAGUUGGAUGCCCAGCGUCAAGAAGCACCUCACCUAUGCCCCUCUCUGGAACAAACGACACAAUCGGGAGUUUAAGCUCUCAUCCGCUGUCAACGUGGGCACACUGCCCUCCCGACUUCACAUGCUGGUCAUUCUUGGCUAUCUUGGAAGCAAUAUUGCCUACAUGUUCAUCCUCGACUGGUCAAAUCCGAACAAGUACUCCUUGUGUGCAGAGCUGCGAGGACGCUCCGGCACCUUGGCGCUUGUCAACAUGGUGCCACUGAUUAUUUUCGCAGGUCGCAACAACCCCUUGAUAUCCAUGCUCAAAAUCAGCUUUGACACGUACAACCUCUUGCACCGUUGGAUGGGCCGCAUUGUCGUCGCAGAGUCGGUCAUCCACACCAUCGCAUGGACGAUUCCAGCCGUAGCUGACAGAGGUUGGAGAGGUGUUUUCGAAUCCCUCAUCGCCACGCCAUUUAUUGCAUCGGGUCUCGUCGGUACGCUUGCCAUGAUUAUUUUGCUAAUCGCCUCUGUCUCGCCUCUUCGCCACGCCUUUUAUGAAACAUUUCUCAAUCUCCACAUCUUCCUUGCCCUGGUCGUCUUCGUUUGCACCUGGAUCCAUUGUGCAACGGCCAGCGUACCGGGUGGCCUGCCGCAGUUGUCGUGGAUCAUGGGCAUCAUGUCCUUGUGGUUUGCUGAUCGGUUUGCUCGAUUUUUUCGACUGGCGUACACCAAUUGGUCAAAGAAGGGCUUCACCGACGCCUUUUGUGAAGCCAUGCCCGGUGAGGUAACUCGAGUUACACUAAAGCUUCCACGAUACAAGAGCAUCUCACCAGGCACCCACGCCUACUUGCGCUUUUCAGGCAUGAAGUCUUGGGAGAGCCAUCCGUUUUCCAUCGCCUGGGUCGAGCAUUGUCCGGAUCACUUGUUACCCACGUACGAGAAGGAGGAGCCUAUCCACGGCGUCCUGGAUAAGAAACAAGCGAGGACUUCUGUGACGUUCGUCAUCGGAGCGCAGACUGGGCUUACCCGACAGCUCUUUACCAAGGCCCAAAUGUCCCCUGGGGGCGUCACCAUCCGAGCAGCCAUGGAAGGGCCAUAUGCUGGACAUCAUAACCUCGACUCAUAUGGACAUCUCUUGCUCUUCGCUGGCUCGACCGGCAUCACACAUCAGUUGUCGUACCUCAAAUACCACCUGGAGGGCUACAAUGCCGGCACCGUGGCUACUCGACGACUAACCUUGGUGUGGAUCAUCCGAGAGUAUGAAUCUUUGGAAUGGGUGCGUCCGUACAUGGACAGCAUCCUGCGCAUACCAAACCGUCAGGACAUCCUUCGUAUUCAGGUGUUUGUGACUCGUCCACAAAACGCCCGCGAUGUCAUGGCUAGCAGCACUACAGUCAAGUUGUUCCCCGGUCGACCAAACAUCCCACUUCUGGUGUCCAAGGAGGUCCAAGAGCAAGUUGGUGCCAUGGUGGUGAGCGUCUGCGGCCCCGGCGCCCUUGCUGAUGACGUACGAGGUGCUGUACGGGCUGCCCAGGGCGAAACCGUUGUUGACUUCAUCGAGGAAAGCUUUACGUGGUAA